GCUGCGCCUGGGCCCAUGCAGGACGCGGAGAACGUGGCGGCGCCCGGAGCGGCCGAGGAGCAGACCGAGCCGGGGGCGCAGCAGCCCGCCGCCGAGCCGCCGCCGGAGGAGGAGCCGCCGCGGCCCGCGGGGCCAGGGGCUCCGGGGGCGGCGGACUCGGUGAGCGAGGCCAAGAAGGAGGCGGUGGUGGCGGCCGAGCCCGAGCUUAAAGUGAAGGCAGAGCCGGCGGCCGCGGAGAAGGAGACGGAGUCAGCGGGCGCGGUCCCCAGCUAUCCGGCGGGUUCGUCCCAGUCCCCCUUGCCGCCGUCCGGGGAGGAGCCCCAGCCCCUGGUUCGGGAGGAGUCCCGAGCCGAGGCCGCCGAGAGUCGGCCACAGGAGUCGUCGAAAGAGGCGGGUGAGGACAAGGGGGACUCGGCGGAGGCAGAGCCACGCGCGUUGGAGAACGGUGACGCGGACGAACCCUCCUUCAGCGACCCCGAGGACUUCGUGGACGACGUGAGCGAGGAAGAACUACUGGGAGAUAUUCUCAAAGAUCGGCCACAGGAGGCAGAUGGAAUCGAUUCGGUGAUCGUAGUGGACAACGUUCCUCAGGUGGGCCCGGACCGUCUUGAGAAACUAAAAAACGUCGUCCACAAGAUCUUUUCCAAGUUUGGGAAAAUCACAAAUGAUUUUUACCCAGAAGAGGAUGGAAAGACAAAGGGGUACAUUUUCCUGGAGUAUGCGUCUCCUGCCCAUGCCUUGGACGCUGUGAAGAAUGCUGAUGGCUACAAGCUUGACAAACAGCACACUUUCAGGGUCAACCUCUUCACUGAUUUUGACAAGUACAUGACAAUCAGUGACGAAUGGGAUAUUCCAGAGAAACAACCUUUCAAGGACCUGGGAAAUCUGCGUUACUGGCUUGAAGAGGCAGAAUGCAGAGAUCAGUAUAGUGUGAUUUUUGAGAGUGGAGAUCGUACUUCCAUAUUCUGGAAUGACGUGAAGGAUCCUGUCUCGAUCGAAGAAAGAGCAAGAUGGACGGAGACGUAUGUUCGCUGGUCUCCUAAGGGCACCUACCUGGCUACCUUUCAUCAAAGAGGCAUUGCACUCUGGGGUGGAGAGAAAUUCAAACAGAUCCAGAGAUUCAGUCAUCAAGGGGUUCAGCUGAUUGAUUUCUCACCUUGUGAAAGGUACUUGGUGACGUUCAGCCCCCUGAUGGACACUCAGGAAGACCCGCAGGCCAUCAUCAUCUGGGACAUCCUGACCGGGCACAAGAAGAGGGGUUUUCACUGUGAAAGCUCAGCCCACUGGCCUAUUUUUAAGUGGAGCCAUGAUGGCAAAUUCUUUGCCAGAAUGACGCUCGACACCCUCAGCAUCUAUGAAACACCUUCUAUGGGUCUGUUGGACAAGAAGAGUUUGAAAAUCUCUGGGAUAAAAGACUUUUCUUGGUCUCCUGGUGGUAACAUCAUAGCUUUUUGGGUGCCUGAAGACAAGGAUAUUCCAGCCAGGGUAACCCUGAUGCAGCUUCCCACCAGACAAGAGAUCAGAGUUAGGAAUCUGUUCAAUGUCGUGGAUUGCAAGCUACAUUGGCAAAAAAAUGGAGAUUACUUGUGUGUUAAAGUAGAUAGGACUCCAAAGGGUACCCAGGGUGUUGUCACAAAUUUUGAAAUUUUCCGAAUGAGGGAAAAACAAGUACCUGUCGAUGUGGUAGAAAUGAAAGAACCCAUCAUAGCUUUUGCCUGGGAGCCAAAUGGAAGUAAGUUUGCUGUGCUCCAUGGGGAGGCGCCCCGGAUAUCAGUUUCUUUCUACCACGUAAAGAGCAACGGGAAGAUCGAGCUCAUCAAAAUGUUUGAUAAACAGCAGGCAAAUACUAUCUUCUGGAGUCCCCAAGGACAGUUUGUUGUGUUGGCUGGUCUGAGGAGUAUGAAUGGUGCCUUAGCAUUUGUCGAUACGUCUGACUGCACGGUGAUGAACAUAGCGGAGCACUACAUGGCCUCUGAUGUCGAAUGGGACCCUACGGGGCGCUAUGUCAUUACAUCUGUGUCCUGGUGGAGCCACAAGGUGGACAAUGCUUACUGGCUGUGGACCUUCCAGGGACGUCUUCUGCAGAAGAACAGCAAAGAUCGCUUCUGCCAGUUGCUGUGGCGACCCCGGCCUCCCACGCUCCUCAGCCAGGAUCAGAUCAAGCAAAUUAAAAAGGAUUUGAAGAAAUACUCCAAGAUCUUUGAGCAGAAGGAUCGUUUGAGCCAAUCCAAAGCCUCAAAGGAGUUGGUGGAGAGAAGGCGAACCAUGAUGGAAGAUUUCCGGAAAUACCGGAAGAUGGCCCAAGAACUCUACAUGGAGCAGAAAAACGAACGUCUGGAAUUGCGAGGAGGCGUGGACACUGAUGAAUUAGACAGCAAUGUUGACGACUGGGAGGAGGAGACCAUUGAGUUUUUUGUCACUGAAGAAAUUAUUCCUCUUGGAAACCAGGAGUGAUCUGAAAGCACUGUGCGUCACCACUCGUGCUGGAAUCGAGUUCACCCUCUUGCAGAGAGCCUACACAACUCCUGAAGUUCACCUGUGCUUUCUCUCACUGUCUGACUGAGAACGCACUUGGAUUCUUCCAUCUGGACACACUUCUGUGCCUUCAGCCCCUGGUGUCCACAGUGGGGGAGGUUUCAAGGCACCGCUUUAAAAAUUUUCUUGUUUCGGCUUUCUUUUUUAAAUUCAGUACCACCAGUAUUUGCUACCUAGACUUUCUGCAGUGCUGCAGCAGGUAGCUUUUCACUACCGCUGCUGGUGGCACUCCAAGGCUUGUCACCACUGCGAACGAUGUGUCUGUUCACAGACUCUCUCACUGUCAUCCCUGGUGCCCGGGCUGGUGCCUGGGGUGUCCUGAGAAAACCCCUCAGGAGCGCCGUGCACCGGCCUUGCCCUAGAGUGCUCAGGAGGCACUACAGUGCGUUGUACCCCCCGCCCUUCAGAUUGUGCGGGUUCUCACAGCAGGCUGAACGCGGAAUAAAGCAAACCUGUGUGAAAACACUCUCUCUCUCCUCGCCUUGAAUCCAUGCCUCUGUCCCCCCGUCCCCCCCAUCGUAGCGGCCUGCGCAGCCCCUCGCACACUCACGCUUGGUUCGGGAUCUCACCUGCCAGCUCCCCUCGGCACUUGAGCGCUGAUCAACCCGAGAAACAAUCCACCGUUUCUUACUGUGUCUUGUGUGAAAAACGCUCGUCAUUUCAUCUGAUGAGAAGUUUUAGGUUUUUCUUUCAAGUUACACAAGUUUGAAAAUUUUAAUUGAGAGUUGCAUUUUAGCCGCACAUGUGUGGUCCCCUUUGAAUACUUUUUCCCCCACUGUAAAGGGAGUGAACAGAUCCACGUAACGUCAUUCAGAUUUUUAUUGGCAGUGUCUCGCCAGCCCUCUGUGCCUUCUGACACUGUGGCCUCUUCCGCCUCUUCCUCUCUCUCCUGGAAUCUGAAGUUUAGUUCAUAAAGCAGUGAAGCACUUACUGGGCAAACUCUGACUUCACAGCUGAGCAGCAUUGGCGGACCUGAGCAGCGCUUUGAGGUUGGAGAAUGCGCUGUGCUCUGUAGGCCGGAAGACAGGCAAGAUGCCUGCCCAGGAGGCCGAGUCGCCUAGUGGGGGAGAGUCACUAGUCUGUGGGUUCCAUGUGACCCCGUUGGAGACCACGUGUUGAUCUGGGUCCCCCAGGUGUGCGAAAGGCACUUGGUGCUUCUCCUUUCUCGCAAGCCUUAAAUCUUGCCGUCUGUGAUUCCUAUGAAAAUGAUUGUUACAGGCCUGCUGAGGAGUCCCUCCUCUGCCCCCUCCUGUGCACGUUUUCUUGGGCAUCCUGGUUUCCUCGUGCUCUUAAUCUUUAAACUUCUGGUGCGCCAACAACGGUCUGUUGUUUCGUGGCGGCAUGUAGUUCUGGCCUUUAAACAGAUUUUUAGCACAGCUUUCAAAACUAACAUCUCAUUGUUUUAAACUUACUGGCUGUAAUUGUUUUACAUAAUUUGUAAAUAAAAGACUUUCUGAAACA